AAUUCAAUGACGCUACCUAACCUAUUGCUGUGACGCCAUAUUAUUUUGUUGAUAUUGACGUGUGGAGCGGCUUUCUGUUUAAUUUUGUACAUAGUAAUAAUUUAAAGCCUUUUAAUUUCCGAGAUGGGCGUAACUGUUGAAACUAUUUCUCCCGGUGAUGGAUCAACCUAUCCCAAAUCUGGACAAAAAGUGGUUGUCCAUUACACUGGAACCCUUCAAAAUGGCACAAAGUUUGAUUCAUCAAGAGAUAGGAAAUCACCAUUCAAAUUCCACAUAGGCAAGGGGGAAGUCAUCAAAGGUUGGGAUGAAGGUGUUGCUCAAUUGAGUGUUGGUCAAAGAGCCAAGCUGACCUGUACUCCUGAUUACGCCUAUGGCUCCCGUGGACAUCCAGGAAUCAUCCCACCAAAUUCCACUCUGAUUUUUGAUGUUGAAUUGUUGGAAAUCGAAUAGAAUAGCAAAAAUUUUUAAAAUAGAAUUGUUUUGUUUUAAGUUAAUAAUAUGAAGCAUUUAGCGCAUUUUUCUAUGUUAAUUUUUUACUUAUAACAAAUUCAAAACUUAAAAUUAGAUACCUACACUGCUUUUUUCAUUUCAAUAGUUCAGUUAUAAGUGUUGUGGUGUCCCAAUAAAAAAAAUGUCAGUGUC